AUGGCAUCGAAAUCAUCACUUGGACAACAUAAACAGCAGGCUGAAGAUUUGAUCACUUGUGCCCUUUGCCUGGGCUAUUUUGAUGAUCCACGCAUAUUACCAUGCUCUCAUACAUAUUGUCUUCGAUGCAUUCGUCAGACAGCUGCUAGUAAUGGCGGCCAAUUCGAUUGUCCAUUGCGCGAUGGUACCAGAAUUGGUACAAAAAAUAUUGAUUCCCUACCAAUCAAUAGAAAUGUACGCGACAUGGUCGAUGUUUUACCAAGUCUUAUGGGUGCAAACGACCAAAACAGAGAAGGAUCACGGCGCCAAUGCGGUAACUGUUUAUUAGAAAUUGCUGAUUUCUGGUGCAAGGAUUGCGGUGCCGACUUGUGUGGCAAAUGCUGCACCGAUCUUCAUAAACAACUCGUAUUUGCACAACAUCGGCCGUUGAGCACUGGAUUCAAAGAAGCACAACAAUCUUUGAGUCGAAUAAGAGAGCAAGGAAUGCUCUUGAAAAAUCGAAAUAACAAUACUGGCACACAAUCAAUAACGCGAGUUUUCGCUGCUCUGCGUAGGAUGAUUGAUGAUUAUGAGAAAAAAUUAAAAAAUGAAAUUAGCUCAAUCGAGGAAACAAAUACGGCAUUAGUUGAAAGUUAUAUAACAUCAUUAAACAAUAAACAAACAACACUUUCCAAGUAUAAUGAAGGCUUUGAAAAAAUUCUUUCGACCAAAGAUCAUACACAUUUAUUGGAAGCUGAUAAAAAAUUAACAGACUAUUUGGAACAGCUUACAAAAAAACUAGAAGAACUAAAGCCACCGGUUAAAAUUGAUUAUCAAAUUGAAGGCGUCGAUCAACUAGAAACAAAAAUGAAAGAUAUUCUCCAACAAGCACGGGUCAUCGAACAAAAAUCAGGUCAGCAUUUUAAUAAUGUUGUGUUAGACGAAAAUUAA